AUGCCCAGGCAACCCUCUGUCUUCUUCAUGCUCAUCUACGUCCUGCUGUCCUUGACAAUCAUUGUGCAGAGCACCUUCAUUGUUUCAGUGAUGGGCAGGGAACAGGUGCAGGUCAAAAGGCUGUCACCCUUGAACAUGAUCUUCAUCAGUCUGAGCAUCCCUAAACUCUGUGUACAGCUCACAUCAAUAUUUUACAACUUCUACUCCUCCUUUGAUUGUGAUUACAUAUGCUUGAGUGGAGAAACCUUGUGGCAUGUUGCUAAUACUACCAUCCUUUGGUUCAGCAGCUUGCUUGCCAUCUUCUACUGUGUCAAGGUCUCUUCCUUCACCCAUCCCAUCUUCCUCCGGCUGAAGUGGAGGCUUUCAAGACUGGUUCCUUGGCUGCUGCUGGGAACUCUGCUGAUUUCUUGUGUAGCAAAUGUUCCUUUCGCUAUUAGGAAUUUGGAGCAGAUUCAGCCUAAUAUGGGAAGUUCCCCCAGAAGCAACACUCUUCCUGAGGGACAUGGCAUGUUCCAGCAUUACAUUGGGAUUCCUCAUCAGAUCAUUACCUUGGCUAUUCCUUUCCUCCUGUUCCUGGCCUCCACUACCAUGCUUAUCGCCUCAUUGUCGCAACACUGGGAGCAAAUGCAGCACCACAACCUGGUCACUGCAGCUUCAGCAGGGAAGUUCAACGCCACAACCCUCAAGUCUCUUGCCAUUUCCUUCAUCAUCUUCACCUCUUACUUUCUGAUACUACUCAUUUUCUUUACAGGUGUCCUCUUUGAGAAGAGCUCCUGGUUCUGA